AUGACCGUCGCUGCCUCGUCUGCCUCCUCGUCUGCCCCUGCUGCUGCGGCGGCAGCUGCUGCUGCUGCUGGUGCUGGUGGUGCUUCAGUGGGGUCCCCUGGGUCGGAUGAGGAGGUGUCGAUGAGCAAGCGGCUGGCGUAUAAGGUCGAUGUGCUCUUCUCCAUGCACUCCUGGGUCAAGGGCGCUGCUCUCCUCGCCGCCACUCUCCUCCUUAUCGCCCUGGGAGGCCUUGCUCUGUACGCCGUCGGAUCAAAAGACCGGAUGGACCUGGGUGACGCCACGUGGCGGGCGUGGUCCUACGUGGCAGACGCGGGCAACCACGCGGACAGCGAGGGCGUGGGGCCGAGAAUCGUGGGCGUGAGCAUCAGCAUUGGUGGGAUGCUGAUAUUCGCGCUGAUGGUGGGGUUGGUGUCGGAGGGCAUCUCGGAGAAGGUGGACUCGCUGAAGAAAGGCAAGAGCGACGUGAUUGAGAAGAACCACACGCUCAUCCUCGGCUGGAGCGACAAGCUGGCAUCGCUGCUGAAGCAACUGGCAGUGGCGAAUGAGAGCAUGGGAGGGGGCGUGGUGGUGGUGAUGAGCGAGAGGGAGAAGGAGGAGAUGGAGAGCGAGAUUCAGAAGAUGGAGUUUAACUUCCGAGGCACCACUGUCAUCUGCCGUUCCGGCUCGCCCCUGGUUCUGGCUGAUCUCAAGAAGGUCUCUGUGUCCACAGCACGGGCGCUGAUAGUGUUGGCGGAAGCAGAGAACGCCGAUGCUGCAGACGCCAGGGCGCUGAGGGUGGUGCUGAGCCUGACGGGCGUGCGGGAGGGGCUGCGGGGGCACAUUGUGGUGGAGCUGAGCGAUAUUGACAACCAGCAGCUGGUGAAGAUGGUGGGAGGGCGCAUGGUGGAAACGGUGGUGGCUCACGACGUGAUCGGGCGGCUCAUGAUUCAGUGCGCCCGCCAGCCCGGCCUGGCUCAGAUCUGGGAGACCCUCCUCGGCUUCGAGAACUGCGAGUUCUACACCAAGCACUGGCCCGAGCUUGUCGGGAAAACCUUUCGGGAGGUCCUGCUGUCCUUCCCUGAUGCGGUGCCGUGCGGUUUGAGGGUUUCUGCGCGGACGUACUAUGAGAAGAGCACGGAGGCCGUGGGGUUUGAGUUUGCUGGAGGGAGCAGUGUUGGGAGUGAGGAUGAGGAGGAAGGGGAGGAGGGGGAGGGAGGAGGGGAGGGCGAGGUGAAGAGGGUUGUGGAGGUGAAGAAGGAGCAUACCCGGCUGUGGCUCAACCCGGACGAUGACUAUGUGCUCCAGCCUGAGGACUCUGUUCUUGUGAUAGCUGAGGAUGACGACUCCUAUGCUCCGGGCCCGCUGCCCGUGGUGCAAGACGCCCCGCUGCCCGACAUUGAAACCCCGCCGAAGCUGCCCGAAAAAAUCCUGUUCUGCGGCUGGCGGCGCGAUAUCGACGACAUGAUCACGGUGCUAGAGGCGUUCUUAGCCCGGGGAUCAGAGCUGUGGAUCUUCUCAGAUGUCCCCGUGGAGGAGCGAGAGGCGCGCCUCAUAGAGGGCGGGCUGAACCCCAGCGAGCUGGAGAAUGUGACUCUUGUGCACCGCAUGGGCAACGCUGUCAUCCGCAGGCACCUCGAGUUUCUCCCCCUCGAAACCUUUGACUCGAUCCUCAUUCUAGCGGACGAGGGCCUGGAGGACUCAAUCAUCAACUGUGACUCGCGCUCCCUCGCCACACUGCUGCUCAUCAGAGACAUCCAGUCCAAGCGCAUGCCGGCGGGCAGCAAGGGCCACCGGCGCAGCAACUCCAGCAUCACCUACCCGCGCCCCACGUCCACGUCCUCGUGGGUGGGGCAGAUGCAGCAGGCGUCGCAGCAGUCCAUCGUCAUCUCGGAAAUCCUCGACUCGCGCACGCGCUCCCUUGUGUCUGUCUCCAAGAUUAGUGAUUACGUGCUCAGUAACGAGCUGGUGUCCAUGGCUCUGGCAAUGGUGGCGGAGGACAGGGAGGUUAACCGCGUUUUGGAGGAGCUGUUUUCAGAAGAGGGCAACGAGAUGUACAUUCGCCCAGCGGAGCUGUAUCUCACGGACGGCGAGGAGCUCUCGUUCUUCGAAGUCGCAGUGAGAGCCCGCCAGCGCAUGGAGAUCAUUAUUGGCUACCGGCUGUUCACAGAGGACGAGGCAGUUCUGAACCCGCCUGACAAGGCUGAAAGGCACGCCUGGUCGAUUCAAGACACCUUCAUCGUUCUCUCGUUCAACGAGUAG